AACAAUAAUUGCGAGUCAUGUAAACAGACAAACAAGACUGAAAGACUUGCGAGCUAAAGUUUACCAGCUAGGCAUUUCCAUGUACAGUCGAUCGGAACACAGUACAAAUGCAACUCCUCCAUUACUAUAUUACUUAGUUAGACCUCUCCACUCCCCAGUGAUCUUUCUCUUUACAAAUAUUCCAAGAGGUUUCUUCCUUGUUUUUCACUAUCUUUUUUCCUGUCAAUUCUUGUAAGCUAUGGCUGGGAAAGGCCAGGGUCCGGCGAUUGGGAUCGAUUUGGGAACAUGCUACUCCUGUGUGGCAGUUUGGAAAAAUAAUCGGGUGGAGAUCAUACCCAAUGAUCUUGGGAACCGAAAAACACCUUCUUAUGUAGCUUUCAAUGAGACUCACCGUUUGAUCGGUGAUGGGGCCAUGGGCCAGACAGCCAUGAAUCCUACCAACACUGUUUUUGACACAAAACGUUUGAUUGGAAUGCGAUUCAAUGAUGACGAAGUGCAACAUGACAUGAAAUUGUGGCCAUUCAAGGUGAUUGCUGACCCUGAUAAUGGGAGGCCCAUUAUUGUUGUUACCUACAAGUACGAGGAAAAGCAGUUUCUGGCUGAAGAAAUCUCUUCAAUGAUUCUCAUAAAGAUGAAGGAGAUUGCAGAGGCUUAUUGUGGUUCAAAGAUCAACAAUGCUGUUAUCUCUGUUCCUGCUCGUUUCAAUCACUCACAACGUCAAGCCACAAUGGAUGCUGGUGUUAUUGCGGGCCUAAACGUGACGCGUAUUAUCAAUGAGCCAACUGCUGCUGCUAUUGCAUAUGGGCUUGACAAGGAGAAUCGUGCUGGUGAGAAGAUUGUGCUCAUCUUUGAUCUUGGUGGUGGCACGUUGGAUGUCUCAAUUCUCACCAUGGAAGAGGGUAUCUUUGAAGUGAAAGCUACAGCUGGUGAUACCCACUUGGGAGGUAAAGAUUUUGACCGUAUGAUGGUCGGACAUUUUUGUGGAGAGUUCAACGAAAAGUAUAAGAAGAAAAUUACUGGAGGUAAGGCUCUUCGGAAGUUGUGGACUGCCUGUGAAAGGGCUAAGAGGACUCUGUCAUCUAAUACUCUAACAAGUAUUGAGAUUGAUUCUUUGUACGACGGUAUUGACUUCUACUCAAGCAUCAGCCGAGCCAGGUUUGAGGAGCUUAAUAAGGAAUUAUUCUGGAAGUGUAUAGAGCCUGUUGAGAAGUGUUUGAAGGAUGCAAAAAUGGAUAAGAGCAGUGUCCAUGAUGUGGUUCUGGUUGGGGGGUCUUCCAGGAUCCCCAGGGUUCAGAAAUUGCUGCAGAACUACUUCAAGGGGAAAGAGCUUUGCAAAAGGAUUAACCCUGAUGAGGCUGUUGCUUAUGGUGCUGCUGUUCAGGCUGCAAUUCUUAACCAUGAGGCUUGUAAGAAGGUGAAGGACAUCUUGUGCCUGGAUGUCACUCCUCUAUCCCUUGGUCUGGAGACUUCUGGUGAUGUCAUGAGUGUGCUGAUUCCGAAAAACACCACCAUUCCCGCCAAGAAGGAGGAGAACUUCUCAGCCAAAACUGAAAACCAGGAUAGUGUGUCCAUAAAUGUGUAUGAGGGUGAAAGUAUCGGAACCCGAGACAACAACUUGCUGGGCAAAUUUGAGCUCUUGGGUAUUCGUCCUGCUCCUAGUGGAGUUCCACAAAUCACUGUUUGUUUUGACAUUGAUGCUGAUGGUAUCUUGAGCGCCUCUGCCAAGGACCAAGCCACAGGAAAGAAGAAUGAAAUUACAAUCACCAAUACGGGCAGGCUCUCCAAGGAAGAGAUCAAGAAGUUAGUGCGGAAGGCUAAGAAGUACAAGGCUGAGGAUGAGGAGCAUAACAUGAAGGUCGAUACAAAGAAUGCACUGGAGAACUACGCCUACAACAUGAGGAAUACAUUUAAAGAUGAAAAGUUUGCAGCCAAGGUCCCAUCUGCUAACAGGGAGAAGAUUGACAAUGCAAUUGAGCAGGCUAUCGAUUGGGUUGAACGGAACCAACUUGCUGAGGCAGAUGAAUUUCAGUUCAAGAUGAGCGAGCUGGAGAACAUAUGCAACCCAGUCAUUUCCAAGAUUGAGCAAGGUUCUGAUGGUGAUGACAUGGGUGGAGCUGUGCAAGAGGACAAGGAGCCUGAGAGGGAGAUUAAGAACCGGGCACAGGAGGCAGAGCAGUUCGUAGGUCAGGAUGAGGAGCAUAAGAAGGAGAAAAUUGAGGAGGAGAAGAAGGCUGAGAAGGUGAUUAAGAAGGGGAAGAAGGAUAAGGAGCCUGAGAAGGAGAUUAAGAACGAGGUGCAGGAGGCUGAGAAGUACAUGGUUCAGGAUGAGGAGCACGAGAAGGAGAAGAUCAGGAAGAAGGUGAAGAAGGAUAAGAAGGCCAUGGCCACUCAAGACGAUAAGGAACCUGAGAGGGAGAUUAAGAACCAGGCACAGGAGGCUGAGAAGUACAUGGCUCAGGAUGAGGAGCAUAAGAAGAAGGCUGAGACCAUCCCUGAGGACAGGGAGCAUCAGAAGAACGCUGAGGCAAAGAAUGCAUUGGAAAAUUGUGCUUACUACAUGAAGUACAGAAUCCGAGAUGUGAAGAAUGCUUUGGCAAAGACUGAAGAUGAAAUUGAGCAGACCAUCCACUGGCUUGAAAGGAACCAGCAUGUGGAGGCACAUGAGUUUGACAAUAGGAUGAAGGAGCUGGAGGGCAUUUGUUACCCUUUCAUUGCCAAGAUGUACCAAGGAGCAAGGAGUGAUAAGAGUUGAUAGAUUAGGCAUCUCACGGGCCUAUUAAAGUCUCCAUCUGUAAAUUUGUUUCUAACUUAUGAAGAAUGUCAUGGUGAUCUUUUUAUUUUUAUUUUUCUGGGCAUUAUAAUAUGACUUUUGUUUGUGGGUAUUACUGGGUAGAGGGUUGAAGGCUGAGUCUAUUAUUGUAUUGCAAACAUAAAUCAUAACUCGUUGCAUUUUAGGUGUUCUUGA